AGAGAUGCCACACUCGCUCCGCGGUUCGCAUGGCGCUCUGAAGACGCCGGCGCCCGCCGCCUUGAGGAGCCGCUGCCCCCGCUCCCUGAAGAUGGGGGAACAAUGAAAUAAGCGAGAAGAUUCCUCUUCUCCCCCCUCUCUCUCUUACCCCCUCCCCCCCUCCCCUCCCCUCUCCCCUUGACUCCUCUCCGAGGCACCAUGCUGACCCGCCUGUUCAGCGAGCCCGGCCUCCUCUCGGACGUGCCCAAAUUCGCCAGCUGGGGCGACGGCGACGACGACGAGCCGAGGAGCGACAAGGGCGACGCGCCGCCGCAGCCGCCGCCUGCGCCCGGGCCGGGGGCUCCUGGGCCCGCCCGGGCCGCCAAACCAGUCCCCCUGCGUGGAGAAGAGGUACCAGAGGCCACGUUGGCGGAGGUCAAGGAGGAAGGCGAGCUGGGGGGCGAGGAGGAGGAGGAAGAGGAGGAGGAAGAAGGACUGGACGAGGCAGAGGGCGAACGGCCCAAGAAGCGAGGUCCCAAGAAACGCAAGAUGACCAAGGCGCGCCUGGAGCGCUCCAAGCUGCGGCGGCAGAAGGCGAACGCGCGGGAGCGCAACCGCAUGCACGACCUGAACGCAGCGCUGGACAACCUGCGGAAGGUGGUGCCCUGCUACUCCAAGACGCAAAAGCUGUCCAAGAUCGAGACGCUGCGCCUAGCCAAGAACUACAUCUGGGCGCUCUCGGAGAUCCUGCGCUCCGGAAAGCGGCCCGAUCUGGUGUCCUACGUGCAGACUCUGUGCAAGGGUCUGUCGCAGCCCACCACCAAUCUGGUGGCUGGCUGCCUGCAGCUCAACUCCCGCAACUUCCUCACGGAGCAGGGCGCCGACGGCACUGGCCGCUUCCACGGCUCGGGCGGCCCAUUCGCCAUGCACCCCUACCCUUACCCGUGCUCGCGCCUGGCGGGCGCACAGUGCCAGGCAGCCGGCGGCCUGGGCGGCGGUGCGGCGCACGCCCUGCGGACCCACGGCUACUGCGCCGCCUACGAGACGCUGUAUGCAGCGGCCGGAGGUGGUGGCGCGAGCCCGGACUACAACAGCUCCGAAUACGAGGGCCCGCUCAGUCCCCCGUUGUGUCUCAAUGGCAACUUCUCACUCAAGCAGGACUCGUCGCCCGACCACGAGAAGAGCUACCACUACUCUAUGCACUACUCGGCGCUGCCCGGCUCUCGGCCCACCGGCCACGGGCUGGUCUUCGGCUCGUCCGCUGUGCGCGGGGGCGUACACUCGGAGAAUCUCUUGUCUUACGAUAUGCACCUUCACCACGACCGGGGCCCCAUGUAUGAGGAGCUCAAUGCGUUUUUCCAUAACUGAGACCUCGCGCCAGUCCUUUUCUUUUUCUUUUGCCUUUGCCCGUCCCCCUGCCCCAGCCCCCCUCCGAUCGCAGGGGCACCCUCACCUACCCCGGCGGCGCCGGGUGCAGGGAGCGGGCCGCCGGUCCUGCCGCUCUUCUGGGCAGAGCCGUCUCUUGCCUAUAGGUGGCCCGUCCCAGGGGCCUCGCUUUCCCCAGGGGACUCGCCUUCUCUCUCCCCAAAGGGUUCCCUCCCUCUCUCUCCUAGGGAGUGCUUCUCCCGGGACCACUCUCCGGGUCCUCCCUGGAGACCCCCCAACUCCCAAUAACUUCACUUACGUUUUCUCCUCCCCCUCCUCCCUGCAGGCCCAAAGGAGUCGGUCAGGGGGCAGCUGAGCUGUGGGACGCGGUUUUCCCCUGUCAUCAUUAUUAUUUUAAAAACAGACACCAAGCUGCCGAGGCCCGAAAGGAGCUGGGCGCCCCCUCUUUCUUGAAGAGGGCAGAAGUCAGGGCGCCUUCACCUCCAACUCCGAAUCUCCGCGUUUUGUAAUUUUAAUUUUGGCGGGAGGGGAUGUGGAUUGAGAGGAAAGAGAGAGGCCAAGACAAUUUGUAACUAGAAUCCAGUUUUCCCUUUUCCUUUUUUUUUAAACACAAACAUACAAAAAA